GUCUCAGUGACAAGCGUCAGCAUCCUACUUUCUUCAGGACCAUCCCCAGCGAUCACCAUCAAGCGGCAGCACUGGCACGGAUGGUCAAGCACUUCGGAUGGACGUGGAUCGGUGCUGUGUGCAGUGAUUCAGACUAUGGGAACAAUGGCAUGGCAUCAUUCCUGAAAGCUGCAGAGCAGGAGGGAAUCUGUGUGGAAUAUUCCGAGGCCUACUACAGGACUCAGCCACGCAGCAAACUGAAAAGAGUGGCGGAUGUUAUUCGCAAGUCAUCGGCUCGUGUUAUAGUUGCCUUCGUGGCAGCAGGUGAUAUGAGAUUUAUCUUAGAAGAACUGAGCCAGCAGCCUCCUCCCCCGUUACAGUGGAUUGGGAGCGAGGCAUGGGUUACAGACCCACAAAUGCUGCGGUUUAAUUUGUGUAUCGGUGCUGUGGGUUUUGCAAUACCGAGGUCUGUUAUCCCGGGUUUUCGUAAUUUUCUACUUGACCUGUCUCCAAAACAAGCGCUAAAAUUUCCCCUGCUGACAGAAUUCUGGGAAAGCUCAUUCAGCUGUAGACUAAAACGACAGACAGGUUCUUCUGCUGAUAUGCCAGCUUGUGAUGGCACGGAGGAACUGCGCGCUUUACAGAACCCGUACACAGACACGUCCCAGUUGCGCGUCACUAACAUGGUGUACAAAGCCACAUAUGCUAUAGCUCAUGCCCUCCACGGCAUUAUCUGUAACAAAAAGCAGUGCGACAAAAACAUCAAAGUUGAGCCCAGACAGGUUUUUGAUCAGCUCAAAAGAGUGAAUUUCACUAAAAAUAAUUAUUCGGUCUCAUUUGACACCAAUGGAGACCCUGUGGCCACAUAUGAACUUGUGAAUUGGCAGCUUCAGGGAGACGGUUCAGUUGAUUUUGUGACAGUGGGUCAAUAUGAUGCAUCCAAGCCCAAAGGCCAAGAAUUCAGUCUGAGCAAAUCUAUCAUUUGGUAUGAUGGCAGUGAAGAGGUGCCUGUGUCUGUAUGCAGUGAGAGCUGUCCUCCAGGUACAAGGAAGGCUGUGAGAAAAGGAAGACCUAUCUGCUGUUAUGACUGUAUUAACUGCGCAGAUGGAGAGUUCAGCAAUGAGACAGCUUCAAUCCUCAGACCACAUACUUGUCAGCGUCAGGGACGCUUCAGGCUGAACGGAGUGUACCAGGAUGGAGAUGUUAUACUUGGAGGCCUGUUUGACGUUCACUUAUUCACAGUGUUCCCAGAGCUCAGCUUUAGAACAGAGCCAGAUCCACCAUACUGUGAAAAAUUUAAUAUGGAAAGCUUCCAGCAUGCACAGACCAUGGUUUUUGCUAUAGAUGAGAUCAAUAAGAAUCCAAACCUGCUGCCUAAUAUUACUCUUGGAUACCAUCUUUAUGACAACUGUUUGAUGCUAGGAAUGGCAUUCCGGGCUGCCAUAUCCCUUGCUAGUGGGACAGAGGAGUCAUUCUCCAACCUCAACUGCACUGGCCCUCCUCCGGUCAUUGGGAUUGUGGGGGAUCCAAGUUCAACUCCAUCCAUUGCAAUUUCCAGUGUUCUGGGGUUGUUCCGUGUACCUAUAAUAAGUCACUACUCCACCUGCUCCUGUUUGAGUGACAAAACAAAGUACCCCUCUUUCUUCAGAACAAUCCCCAGUGAUGCCUUCCAGCCCCCACCAUCUGUGUGCAGUGAGAGCUGUCCCCCAGGAACCAGACAAGCCACAAGGAAGGGCCUUCCUGUCUGCUGUUUUGACUGCAUGCCAUGUGGAGAUGGAGAUAUUUCUAAUAAAACAGAUGCUAUUGAGUGCACAGUGUGUCCAGAUGAGUUCUGGUCCAAUCCAGAAAAGGAUCAGUGUGUCCCUAAAGUAGUUGAGUUUCUGUCCUAUGAGGAUCCUCUGAGCAUCUCUCUGACCACUGCUUCCCUGCUUGGCACCUGCUUCUGUGCUGUUGUGAUGGUCAUCUUCUAUCAUCACCAUAACACUCCAAUUGUACGUGCAAACAAUUCAGAGCUCAGUUUCCUGCUGCUGUUUUCACUCAAAAUGUGUUUCCUGUGUGUACUACUGUUCAUUGGCCAACCACAGCUGUGGACAUGUCAGUUUAGACAUGCUGUGUUUGGCAUAAGCUUUGUCCUGUGCAUUUCCAGCAUUCUGGUCAAGACUAUGGUGGUAAUAGCUGUGUUUAAGUCAUCUCCACCACAGGGCAAAAGUGCAAUGAAAAGGUUUGGAUCAGCUCAACAAAGAUGCACAGUUCUGCUCCUAACAGCACUUCAGGUUGUGAUAUGUGCAGUCUGGUUAUCAACUGCCUCUCCAACACCACAUAAAAACAACCAGUAUAUCCGCUCUAAAAUAGUAUAUGAAUGUACUAUUGGCUCAGUGGCUGGUUUUUCUGUGCUGCUGGGAUACAUUGGCCUGUUAGCAGCAGUAAGUUUCCUGUUAGCCUUUCUAGUGAGAAAUCUUCCAGAUAAUUUUAAUGAAGCAAAGUUCAUCACAUUUAGCAUGUUGAUCUUCUGUGCUGUGUGGAUUGCAUUUGUUCCAGCAUAUGUGAGCUCUCCAGGGAAAUAUGCAGUGGCUGUGGAGAUUUUUGCCAUUCUAGCUUCUAGUUUUGGAUUACUGGUGGCAAUAUUUGCCCCAAAGUGCUAUAUUAUCCUUGUUCAUCCAGAGAGAAACACUAAAAAAGCCAUCAUGGGUAAAGACAAACUAAAUAAAUAGAUUUACAUCACUGUGGUGUAAAAUUGUGAAGUCUGAUUUGGCUUUAUUGUUUUCGGUUUCAACUCUGUAUA